AUGAAUUCACAGCAGAAGAAUAGGCCACAUGAGAGCACCAUGAUUUUCAGCAGCCGAUGGGUGAUGAUGAUACUACUAAUGUCAACUUCUUCUAUUCUCCUGCUGAUAGUUGGAGUGUUCAUACCUUACAUAGGGCCUGCAGCUAUUACUACUACUAUUGAUUAUUCUGGUUCUGAAUGGAAGGAUUAUAGAUUGGAGGAGGCGUUGAAGAGAGUGGCCGGGAAGAAGGAUAAAACGGUUAUAGUGUGUACGGUUAGCGAACCGUAUUGGCCGUUGUUGAAUAAUUGGUUGAUUAGUGUGAAGAGACAGAAACAUCAUGACAAGGUUUUGGUGAUUGCUGAGGAUUAUGCAACACUUUUUAAGGUUAAUGAAAGAUGGCCUGGUCAUGCUGUUCUUAUUCCUCCUGUUCCUGAUUCUCAGUCUGCUCAUAACUAUGGAUCUCAGGGAUUCUACAAUUUCACAUCUAGAAGGCCACGUCACCUUCUUAAAAUAUUGGAACUGGGAUACAGUGUAAUGUAUAAUGAUGUUGAUUUAGUAUGGGUGGAAGAUCCAUUUCCCUAUUUUCAGGAAAACCAUGACAUCUACUUCUCAGAUGACACAGAUCAGGUAUUAAUUUUUUACUCUUCUUCUACUUUUAUUUUUAUUUCAUUUAAGUUAGCCUUACUUAAUUUGCUGCUGCUUAUGCAGGUGAAACCAUUGAAUCAUGCUCACAAUUUACCACCACCUGGUCGCGAUAAACGCACCAACAUCUGCAGUUGCAUCAUUUAUUUGCAUCCAACUGUCGGGGCAAAGCUUGUUAUAUCGAAAUGGAUAGAAGAAAUUCUAGACGAGCAUUGGACAUCGAAUAACAAAGCUAAUGAUCAACCAGCUUUUAAUUUUGCCCUAAUGAAAACAAUAAAACAAGUGGAUAUGUAUUUGCUUCCUCAAGUAGCAUUUCCAACAGGGGGAGUGUUCUUCUUGAACAAGACUUGGGCUCAACAGAACAAAGGAAAGCAAGCCAUUAUUCAUAACAAUUACAUUGUUGGAUUUCAAAAUAAGAUUAAAAGGUUUCAAGAAUAUGGUCUUUGGUUGAUCCAUGAUCAUCUCAUUGAAUCCCCUAUUGGUGAUCUAUCAUCUCCUUAA